AGAUUGACAACUGUUCAAUGUUCAGAGGUUAACAUUGUUAAAAAUUAAAUGGGGGCGGCAUCUUUACCAUUUGAUACUUGAAUUUUCCUUAUUUAAGUUUGAGGAGGAAGAUGACCAAAACAGAGCAGAAACCAAAGAUUACCUACCUUAAGUUUAGCUAACUGAAAGAACUUGAAGAAAAAAGCUUUUAAUAUUUUCUCAAAAACCAAGAAAAUGAAUCAUCCAAAGCAGGAGGUGAUUUACACCAAAAAACUACAAAAUUCUAUUAUUAAGUCCGAAAUAGAAGCUAAAAAGCUAUUUGGGGAAGUAUUAGUAAAUAGGGACAAAGUAGAACGGACAAGAAAUGCUUUGAGCAUACUAACUAGGUUCAAAUUUUUAUUUUGCUUGCCCUCAACUAUAGUGAAAAAUAUAGAAAAAGCAGAAUAUGAAGUAGUAAUUAACGAUUAUAUGAGGGUACGAAAUUUGUUUGAAAGAUCAGAUGUACCAAUUUUCCAGGCUGCACUAGCUGAAAUUAACUUGCAUAUAGAGGGACUGAUUAAAAAAUUACAUUUAGAGCUUCAAACAAUGCCAAUCAGUGUAGAGCAACAAAAACAGAUUAUAAGAUACUUAAUGAAUCUAGAUUGUCCCUUCGAUCCUGCUUGGGAUGCCAUUAAGAGUAGAUCAGACUACAUCAGUGAAACUAUAAAAUCUGUUUAUACUUUUUAUAAAAGUUUAGAUAAAGGGGAAAACGGACAAAAAACCAAAGUGAACAAUACAAAAUGCAAAUAUAUGCAACAGCCUGAUCCAGUGCCUAUGAAUAUUACUUUUGCAGAAGAAAUGUGCUCCACAAUCUCGGAUAACUUUCCUGAUCUAUGGAAAAUUAGUCAAGCCUAUUUCAAUCAAGAACUACAAACAAUAAUUGAUACUUCCAAAACCGAAGAUAUAAAAAAUAUGGUGAUGUCACUAAUGCAGGCAUUCUGUAAAACUAUAAGGUCAGCCAUUAUACCACACACAUUAGAAGCAGCAGAUCGAAAUAGUUUAGGUUCCUGGUCUAGUCCCGACUUGAGAGACAUGGCACUUUAUCUACCUGAAUUGCUCCGGUCAAUCAGAUCAACAUAUGCAACGCUUAUCAAAUUAGAUUUACCAAGAGAUGCCUUAGCCAUAAUUUCUGCGCUCCUCCUUGAUUUGAGGAUUUACUGUAUGGUUGUUCUAUUCAAACAAACAAUAAAUCAAAUAAAAUUAUUGGAUGAGGAUUGGAAUUUGCUUUAUAAUAAGAAGAAAAAUGGUAUAACAAAUCUUCCUGUUAAGUUUGAACAGAUAGUACAAGAUGUCAUACAAGUGGUGAAGGAAUCUGUUCUAUCUAAUGAAAGAGGAGAUAGUUCGUUAUUGAAAAAUCCUUCGGCAUUGAAGGAACUGCACAAACAGGUCGAAAAUGUCUUGUCUGCUUUUUAUAAUUUACUUCAAGAAUUAUCAUCAAGUGAUGAUUAUAGCGAUGAAGAAGAGAAUUCUUCUGCCACCUCCCAUUUGAUAGGUAUACCGAUAAAUAUGUAUAAAUAUGAAAAUAACUCAAAAAGUUAUUCCCCACCGUGGGAACACAAGCUGCUCAUCACAAUGUCAAACUGUAUGUUCACUAGAAAUAUAGUUUUAGAUAAUAUAUUCAAAGCCUUUGUGAGUAGCGGCUAUCCACAGCCAGACGAACCAGUUAAAAAUACCAAAUAUAAAUUAGAAAAUUUAGAGAAGUUGAUUCUAGAAAAAUACCUCGAGCAAAAAAGUGACCCAAUUGUCGGAACCAUCGAGCCAUCCAUGUAUCUCGGAAGAUUCGACUGGGACUACAAAUUUCCCCCAAACGACAUUCAAGAGUACGUAAAGGAAUGUAUCAAUAAUCUUAUUCAGGUACAUGCAGAAGUCAACAGUGUAUCGCCAGCAUUGGUUGAAAUGAUUCUUCCACAAAUAGUACAAACAAUAGCCGAAGAAAUAUAUAGACUUAUGUCGUGUGUAAGGAAAUUCAGCAACCCUGGAACUCAACAGGCCAGAAUAGACAUCAUAGCUAUGAGGGAAUUUUUCUCCCAUUAUUGUAGCGAGAAUGCGAACGUUCAUUUUCAAGAUGCCCUCGAUCUAAUUCCCAAGUUGGACGAAGAGGAAGAGAAAAAAGUUCAGGAGAUUCUGAGACAGGUUCGCCCGAGGAUGAAAAUCCAAAUGAUAUGUCUUGGAGCUACUAAAAACGGCCCCAGCAAAGAAACAGCAGAUUCAAUUUAGUGUAAAAUCGAGUAACAAAAUAGUAAUUUAUAAAAGAUGUAAAAUUUUGUAAAUACUUAGUAUUAAUUGGAGAUAAAUAUUUUGUAAUCAGUCAUAUAAUUUUGAUUGGAAAUAUAACUGUGUUGCUUAUUA